AUGCUUCUCCAGAGCUUACAGGUGGUCCACGGGCUGGGGCGUGCCUUCCGCUGGCAUCUUUGCCUGUCACAGCUGAGCCGCGGUGGCAGUCCAGCCUCAUCCGGCCAACCACCUCGUAAGUCCGCCUGUGUGAUCCAAGAGUUUGAGCCGACCCCUCCAGCCCCGAAGCUCCAAACAUUGAAGCGGUGGAAGCCCAAGUCUAAAGCCACCAAAAGACUGAGGAGAGAGGCGAGCUCUGAAGCCCUGCUUCCCAACACCAUCGUGGCGAAUGCCGCCAUCACCUGCUGUGGGCAGAGCUCCAGAUGGCAAGUGGCGGCUGCGUUUUUCGACGGCGGCAUUCCACUGUUGAAGCCGGAUCUGGUUUCUGGCAAUGCGCUGGCGACUGCCCACCAGCGUGCAAGCCGGUGGCAUUCAUCCUGUGGCGUGCUCUCGCUGCUGCCAGCCCUUGCAAUUUUCCCUGAUACGGUGACGCACAAUGCUGCACUGGCUGGCCUGGUGGGAAGGUGGCAGCAAGCAGGGAGCCUGCUGCGGCGCAUGGCGCAUGCUUUGCUCCAGAAAACAGUGGUCAGCCUCGGUACGUUGGUUACUGUCCAUGGCGAUUCAUCGCGCUGGCCAGCUGCCCUUCUCCUGGCGGGGCAGGUCAAAGAACAAGCGUUGCAGAUCACGACGACCAUCUGCAAUGCGGCGAUCAGCGCCUGUGAGGAAGGAAGCCUCUGGGCUCGCUCCACGGCCUUGCUCUCGUUCUUUGCGCUGCUGUGCCGGCCGAGCCUCAUUACCCUGGCGGCCCUGAGCAGCGCACAUGGCAAGGCCGAUGUGUGGCAGAGUUCUACUGCCAUUGUGCACUCCAUGCUUGGGGAGCACCUGGGAGAUGAAGGCUCUCUCUUCCGUUCUGCCGCAACGGCUUGCUACAAUGCUGCCCUGAGCGCAGCCGGCCGCGCACGACGAUGGACGGCCUCCCUGGGCCUCGCUGCGGAGCUCCUGGGGAGGCGCCUGACACCGAGACUCUUGGCAGCAGACGGUGGCGACAUCGCCACAUGUGCCAUCACCCUCAACUCCCUCGCCGCUGCUUGCGCAUCCAGUGUGGAAGGGGAGGCACGGGCCGUUUCCUUGAUGGCUCGCCUCUCAGAGGGGCAUCUUCGGGUGGACAACUUUUGGUACAAUACCUUGAUCACCUCGGCCACGCGCCGGCAGGAGUGGGCUCGUGCCUUGGUGUUGCUGUCCCAGCUACGCGAAGGAGGGCUCCAGCCUGAUGCCAUCGCCUGCCGCGCCAGCCUGGGCGGCUGCAAGGUACGACAAUGCUGGCCGGCGGCGAUAUCUCUGAUGGCUGCUUUCGAAUGUGAAGCUGCUCAAGCUCCAGAGAGAGGCCAAGUCACACUCUUUCAGAAAGAUGAGGAUCUCAGAGUAUGGCACAAUAACUACGGUGCCGUGCCCCUGACAGGGACGAUUGAGGAGAAGACGAUUCUUUUCGAUCGUAUACGAGGGUCCAUCACAGAAGAGGGCAUCCACUUCAGCAAUGGGUUCAUGAUGCCUCGGCUAGACCAGCCCACCAAGGAACCAGAUCAGAGGAUGACCUCUGAGGUACGAGCAAAACUACAUGCCGUGGCCAUUUUGGGAACAGCAGCCUUCCGGAAGGAGGUCUUUGAAGAGGUGAAGCAGAGCUAUGACUUGUUAAGCCUCAGCGCUGGCCCUGCCAUGACGGGUGAGACAAGCUUGGCUCCAGCCUGUGCCGGCUCCAUCGAAGAGCAAGUCCCUGAGGACUGGGCCAAGCUGCCGGUGAACGACAAGAAACCCCACCUUCGGCCAAAAGGGAGCAUCCUUCUGAUUCCUGGCUGGGGUCCUUUUCGCAGAUCGAUCCCUGAUCUGUAUGCGGACCUAAUGAGCUCGAAGCUCUGCAAGGCGGGCAUCCCAAGUGCAGCUGAGAUGACAGCCUUCGGCUAUCUUGACAAGCUUGUGCAGAUAGAGAUUGACAGGAGGCUGGAUCUGGCAGCGGCACACGACGAAGAAGCUAGGGCCAAGAUCACAGCGGAGAUUGAUGCCAUCAUGACUGCCGAAGUUCGGCAGGGGACUUUCAAGAUAUUUCUCACUCGCUCGAAGCUGGCCGAUUACAUCUGGGUACACCACAGCAAGCUGUGGUCUAAGUGCAAGUGGAACCGGCUGGACGAGCUCGAAGCGCAUUUUCGUGAUCUAGAGCAAACCUCCAGACAAGGAGAAGAAGUGGACUGGGAGGCCGUGAUGAAGAGAGGGCCGGCUGAAGUUCUCAAUCAACUUUCCAGAGAAAUGCAGAAGCAGCAGGCUGGCACCUAUCCCGAGACUGAGUUUCUCCAUCUCAGGCACUUUUCGUCACAGCUGACAUUGCCCGGCGAACAGGAAUACCUGGUGGAAGUUUUGAAGUCGCCACAGCAAAUAGCAAAAGCCGGGCUGAAGCUGCGCAACUGCGCCACUGAGAUGAUAGGAAAAGUGAGCUUCAAGUCCGCCAUCGUCUGUGGGAUCCGUGAGCAGCAGAGCGGAAAGCUGAUAGGCAUGGCAGAAUAUGCCGCUGAGGACAAUUGGAGAUUGAAGGACAAUUGGAGAUUGAAGCAGGCAUCUGCUGCGGCGAACCAGCCUUUGCCUGAGGAGUUAGCACUUCAAAUUCGCGAACAAGGUUCUCUCUUCAUCAGGGUAGGCAUGACACCGAAGCUGUCUUUACGAAGAUGGGUGCGAAAUAAGGUUUCGAUUUCUGACCAAGUCUAUGACCAGGACUUGUCUGAUUGUCUCAGUGACCUUCCUGAAAUGUAUUCUACAGCUUCAGAUGUAGGACCCCUUGCAGCCACAAUCUUGUUGCCCUUCUGUGCAGCAGCUGGAAGCCGUGAGCUUGUCGAGCACUUCAUCGGGCAGGGUGCCGAUCCGAAUUAUGCCGUAACCAUGCGACGAGAGCGACGCGGGAAGCAGGAUCUUGUCUUUGUUGGCACGUCUGUGAUGCUGGCUGCGAGGUUGAAAGAGUGGCAGGUGGUUAGCCACCUUGUUGAGGCCGGGGCCGAUCUCAACGUCAAGGACUCGAGCGGCUCCUCGCUUGCAAAGCUGGCCGUGGAGGAUGAUCAGAAGGAUAUUCUGGCCCUUCUCCGUGGUCGGGAUGUGCCGGUUUUCGAGGUACUGGUUGAGCAUGGCUCCGUGAAAUACAUACAACAAUUUGCCCAACACCUUGAGCUGAAGUGCGACAAGAUUCUGGCCGAAAUAGGCCACGGCGGCCGAUGGGCUUUGAUGACUUCUGUUCGAUGUGGGCGCGCAGACAUGGUGGCAUACCUGCUUGGACUGGGGUGCUCGCCAAAUAUGACUGAUGCCAAAGGGCAAACGCCUCUCAUGGCAGCCUGCAGGUCCAGCAGCAAGCAGGCCCCCGGAAUCAUCCGAUCGUUACUCGCACACGGUGCAGACAAAGAUGCAGUUUGGAAUGGUGAAACCGCCUUGAUGCUCGCAUGCGCUAGAGGCAACGGGGAAGCUGCAGCAGUGCUCUUGGAGAAUGGUAUUGAUGCCACGCUGGCGGGGAGUCUGCUGGUUUCAGUACUGAAGCGAAGGCCUCACCUGCGGGGGGACCCGAAGCUCGCUUCACUCUUAGUGGACGCUGGUGGCGACAUCGUGUUGGAACACUUGUCGGACAACAACCGUAAGGUUAAGGAGUUAGGAAAGCUGUUGCAGCAACAUUCACGAUCAGCGUGA